AUGCCCCGACCUUUCUGGGAGGAAAGUCUGAAGUUUGUUUCUCAUUUGACAACAGGUUCACCCGUCAUGUCAGGCUACUAUGGUGUCAGAAGAUCUUUCUUAUCUGACUCAGACUUCCACAACAGUAAAUCAUUCUCAAAUGACAUCUACACCUCCAGCGUGACAAAGCCCUUUCCCUGCGAGUCCACAGCAGGGCAGAGCCACGGUGCACUGCUGGAGUCCUGCUUGGCAGAGCCCUAUGGGGACCACCGCCCUCCAGCACUGACGCCCACCCCAGGCUCCCUGUUCAGUGCCUCUCCCCUGCCACCACUCCUGCCACCACCCUUUCCUGGUGAUCCCACUCAUUUUGUGUUUAGGGACUCCUGGGAGCAGACGGUGCCUGAUGUUCUCAGCCAGCCAGACCCCGCAGAUGCCCUGCAGACCCUGCCAUCCAGCAUGGGUUGCCUCUCCCAGCUGGAGCCAGGAAGCACCACACAGCACAAGAGCUCAGGCUGGGGGACCUCCCUUUCUGGGGCUCAGUCCUACUCACUGCACAACCUGGAGGAUCUGCACCCCACACCAGGGUAUCCCACUCCACCUCCAUACCCCUUCACCCCUUUCAUGACCAUAUCAAAUGACCUACCACCCAAGGUCAUGCCUCUCUCCCCAGAUGAGGGGUCAGACACCUCUUCUCUUCAUGACCCUUCACCUUGGACAAAAGAAGAUGGGAGUAUGGCCUGGGGGUCCUAUGAAUGCCGCAGAGCUUACUGA